AUGUACACUAUAUCUGAAGAAAAUGUUGGAAAAAUACUGACUAUAGAUGGAGUGAAGUACCCUGGAGAUGUGAAGGAAAAAGAAGCUGCUCAGCAACAGUACAAGGCUGCAGUUGCCAGGGGACAGACUGCAGGUUUGGUAAAAGCAUCCAGAAGAAAAAUUGAGAAAUUUAAAAUAUCAGUAAAUGUUGCACCAGCCCAAAAAGUUACUUUUGAAGUAACUUAUGAAGAAUUAUUAAAGCGCAAAUUGGGGAAAUAUGAGAUGAUCCUCAGAGUAAGACCUAUGCAGCUUGUCAGCCAUUUCCAGAUUGAUGCCCAUAUUUUUGAACCAAAGGGCAUUGCCUUCCUCAAUGUUCAUGGAAAUUUUUUAGCCAAUGACCUGGAACAAGCUGUGGUGAAGAAUAGAACUGUAACAAAGGCUCAUUUUUCCUUCAAACCAACCCUGGAGCAACAGCAAAAAUGUCCUGAUUGCAGUGAAACACUGAUGGGCGGAGACUUCAUCAUACAGUAUGAAGUCAAUAGAGAUCUGCCUAGUGGUGAAGUACAGAUUGUGAGUGGCUACUUUGUCCACCAUUUUGCACCUGCAAAUCUAACAAGAGCACCUAAGAAUGUCAUCUUUGUGAUAGACCACAGCUUUUCGAUGCGUGGCCUCAAAUUCAGACAGGUAAUGCAAUUCGCCCAAUCCAUCUCGUGA